UAAGGCAUUGGCACAGUCUUUGAGUUUGGAUCAACCUAACAUUUCAACCAAAAAUAUAUUAAAUCCAAGGACAUGACUCUUAACAAGCACCAUUGCUGCUCCACCUUCAUCUUUCUGCUAUUAAUACUGCUCUCACAGUUUUAUUCUGUGAAAAGUGAACUUCAAUUGAACUACUACGCAGAAAGUUGCCCAAGUGCGGCAGAGAUUAUCAAACAACAAGUUAUUAAGCUGUACAACAAACAUGGAAAUACAGCAGUUUCUUGGGUUAGAAAUCUCUUCCAUGACUGCAUGGUCAAGUCAUGUGAUGCAUCGCUGCUGUUACGGAGGGUGAAGGGAAUGGAAUCGGAGCAAGAAUCGGAUAGGAGUUUUGGGAUGAGAAAUUUCAAGUACAUUAACACAAUCAAAGAGGCUGUGGAGAAAGAAUGUCCGAUGACAGUUUCUUGUGCUGAUAUCGUCUCUCUUUCUGCUAGAGAUGGCAUUGUCAUGCUUGGAGGACCACGCAUUGAAAUGAGAAGCGGUAGGAAAGAUAGCAAGCAAAGUUACCCGACAGAGGUGCAAAAUACCAUCCCCAACCACAACGACACCAUUGAUUUGGUGCUUGCUCGCUUUCAAUCCAUUGGCAUAGACACCCCAGGAACUGUUGCUUUAUUAGGAGCUCACUCGGUAGGGCGAGUUCAUUGUGUAAACUUGGUACACAGACUUUACCCCACAGUUGAUCCAACACUGGACCCUGAGCAUGCUGAGUACCUCAAAAGGAGGUGCCCGACACCCGACCCGGAUCCGAAAGCGGUGUUGUACUCUAGAAAUGACCUGGAAACGCCAAUGAUACUGGACAAUAUGUACUACAAGAACUUGUUGAAACACAAGGGGUUACUCAUGGUGGAUCAGCAAUUGACUUCUCAUCCACUUACUUCACCUUUGGUUGAGAAAAUGGCUGCCGAUAAUGGAUAUUUCCACGACCAAUUUGCGAAAGCUGUGCUGUUGUUAUCAGAGAACAACCCACUUAAUGAAGAUCAAGGCGAGAUUCGAAAAGAUUGUCGCUAUGUCAACCUUGUUUGAUUAUUACAACAAUCUUAAAUUAAACCUGUAAUUUCGAUUCACUUCCUUUAAUAAAACUUAUUAUUGCAAUAUUAA